CCAGACCUUCUCCUGGGCUCCUGGCACCAUGUCGCCCCUGAAGACCCUGCUGCUGGCCGCCCUCCUCCUCGGGGCUUCUCUGCAGAGCAUCCAUGCAGCUCGAGCCACCAAUGUGGGCCGGGAGUGCUGCAUGGAGUUCUUCACGGGGGCCAUUCCCAUCAGAAAGCUGGUGACCUGGUACAGAACCUCAGCCGAGUGUCCCAAGGAUGCCAUUGUGCUUGUCACCACCCAGGGCAAGUCCAUCUGUUCGGACCCCAAGGACAGGCACGUGAAGAAGGCAGUUAGACUCUUGCAGAGACUUGUGAAGUCACCUGGCCCCAUCACCCAGAAGCCCUGAUUUCCUCCGGACCAUUUGGAGACUUCCAGUGUGGGAGUUCACCACCCCAACCCGGAGCCCCGGGCCCGGGAGGCCUCACAAGGAC